UCCUCCACACAUAUAAAGGAUUCCCAGAGCGGGCAGGGUCAUUAUCUGCAGCAAUAUGCAGAUUAAAUGGAACAAAGGGCAUUGGGACACGAGGUCAUUUCAGGGUUAGCUGAACUGGGAGCUCAGACAGCCAAAGAAGGUGAAAGAAGGGAAACACUAGUCUUAAAACGCAUUCAGGAGGCGCUUCAAGGUCUUACAGAUGUGUCAACUCAGUUGAAGUUACUCUAUCAAGAUAAUACAGCAACUUUGUGUCAAUGAUUCCCAGGGCACUGAGAGACAGGGCUGCACGAAAGUUAGUGGCCGUGUAGCCCCACAAGGAUGACACAGAACCAUUGAUUUUCAUUUUGAUCCGUUGCCCACACGCUGCACCAGAAUCCCCCCCCAAAAAAUCCCCGUAACUCAAGGUAGGAAAACAUGGAGGAAAACUCAUCCUGGAAGGACUUUAUAGAGGUCAUCAGUGUCCUCCAGUCCAUGUCUACAUUCCUCUUGAUGGCACCGGCAGGUAUUCUCGUGAUGACCUACCUCAUGUUUACAUCGCUCUGGAUUAUCCCAGUACUGUACUUUUCCUGGUUAGUCUUGGACUGGCACACACCAGAACGAGGGGGAAGAAGAACUGCAAUUGUGCGAACCUUUCGAGCAUGGAAACACACAAGCAAUUAUUUCCCUGUGAAGUUGGUGAAGACAGCAGAGCUGAGCCCAAAUAAGAACUACAUUCUGGGGUGCCACCCCCAUGGGAUCAUGUCUUGCGGAGCUUUCACCUGUUUUGGUACGGAGGCCUGUGGCUUCAAGGAGAUUUUCCCAGGAAUGACCGCCUGUCUGUUGACCCUGGGGGGACUCUUCCGGGUACCGCUGUACAGGGACUAUCUCAUGGCCUUAGGCCUUUAUCCUGUAAGUAAGCCAAGUAUUGAGCACCUACUGACAAAGAGGGGAACUGGGAAUGCAGUGGUCAUCAUCAUUGGUGGUGCAGAGGAGUCUCUCACCUCUUCCCCAGGGGUCAACACUGUAAUCAUGAAGAACAGGAAGGGCUUUGUCAAGCUGGCGCUUGAGUAUGGAGCUGACCUGGUGCCAGUGUACUCGUUCGGGGAGAAUGAAAUCUUCAGGCAAGUGAAGUUUUCUGAGGGCAGCAUGGGCCGCCGGUUCCAGGCCAUCUUUAAGAAGGUCAUGACCUUCGCCCCGUGCGUCUUCAUGGGGGAGCGCUGGCUAAUGGUUCCCUACAAGAAUCCCAUCUUCACCGUAGUGGGCAGUCCCAUCUCGGUGCCCAAGGUACCGUCUGCCUCUCAGGAACAGGUUGAUCACUAUCACCAGCUUUAUAUGGAAAGCUUAACCAAACUCUUCCACAAGCACAAGACUAGCUGUGGCCUGGAGGACACCCACCAGAUCUGCAUCAAUUAAAUGCUGCUGCAUUCCGGAAUGAGACCAAGACCAAGCCAAAGACAUUCCCAAAAGAGAAGUGCCUGUUUAAGCAUCCACACAGGAUGGUUAAUUAUUUAUGUCAUUUUGAUGAUAUGGUGCAUAGUAAUGUUGUUUCUGUUUACCAAUUGUACAAAAUGUUUAAAGAUGAUUAAUAUAUGAUAUUCAAUUAGUCUUGUAAGAUUCGGAUGAAUGUAAAGAUGGUGUCUAUAUGUAUUGCUAUGUUAUGGCUCUAUAUUGCUCUUUCUUUCAUGGGAUGUAUGGUUGAUUUUCAUAUAGAUGCCAAAGAAAUCUGUGAAUACCUCUAAGUAAUAUUUAUGCAAUUUGUUUGGAUGAUGUUUUAGAUGUGAAAAGAUUCAAUGAGUGAUGUUCUACUUAAAGGGGAAUUACAACAGUCUGAUCGCUAUACAGUCUUGGGGCAAAAACGUGGGGGCUUACAAAACAUGCCCCCAGAGUGAAGCGCUGUAGCUGCUGGUAUAGUUUGUAUGUGAACAAUCGCCGGAAUUCUCCUUUAAAUACACAUCUUGCCAUCUUGAAAAUGUGUUCUGCAUAACAUUUUAUUUGUACUGGGUUUCAGUCAUUGUACCUUAACUGUCACGAUUUCAUUGACCGUUUCGAUCAUCCCCUUGCUGCUUUUGCCAUGGUCAUUCUGAUCUACAGACAACACUACACUUACGUGGUAGUGAGUAGAGGGUCCCUAAAGCCAAACCGAAGUAUCAUUUGAUAGACAUCCAUGACGCCCAAUAAAUGGAUCUGGGCAUUUUUUAAAAUACGAGAAGAUGCACAUUUGGUUCCCAGACCACGUCUCAAGUGGUGACACUAGCCAGGCUAGUGCUGGCAGGUAAAUUUGAUCAACUUACCAGCAGUCAGUGUGGCGGGUAAAUAAAUAGAGCUACAGUAGCAUACCACAAAAAUACAAUCAGAUCUGGUCGACAAACAGUCUGAGGUCGCGGAACCGUGCAUGAGAGCUCGUGCCCAACACGGAUC